CCAACACAACAUCAUCGUCUCUCACUCUCCCUAUCCAACAACAUAAACAUUUUUUUGCCAAAACAGUGAAACUCAAACACUAGUUAACACUACUCUCUCUCUAUGGCUGGUGCCCAAUUCCUCAAUCUCCUCAACUCCUCUUCACGAUCUUCCUUGGUCAAGCCCUCUAGGCCACUUCUCUACAACCCCAUUAAGAAUUAUGGGCAAGCAAGCAAGGGAAAGCAUAGCCGUUUGAUGGAAGAGAGGGCACCUUCCACAGCUGAAGAAUUUGAGAGGGUUGCAGAGGAGAAGAAGGCCAAGGAAGCUCAAAAGGGGGUGGCAAGUCAGAGUAUUGGCAAGGCAAUUGAUGGUGCUGAAGAGGCUUCAUUAGGUAAAUCAAAGGUUGAAUCAGUUAAGAAUAGGUACAAAGGGCAUGAAUGAAAACUGCUGGGUUUGGUUACCACAGGAGGGGGUGAUUAAACAUACAUAUAUAUAUGUAUAUAUAUAUAUAUAUAUAUAUGUGUAUAUAUAUAUAUAUACAUACAUAGACACUCACACACACUUCUGUGCUAGCUGACUUUGAAACUGAGAUAUAUAGCUGUUGUAUAUGCAGCCAGAGAAUAAGGGAGUUUCUUAUAUUUCCAAAAAGCUUGUUUAAUUGCCAGUGUUUUUGCAGCAGAAAGAGACCAAACAAUUGAAAACCUUUAGUCUUUGUUUAGUUAAUUCGUGUCGGGCUCAUUGGAUCUUGGAAAGUUUAUGAAUAUCUAUAGUAUUGAUUCAUGAAUAUGUAACUAAGUUGGAAUUCUGGGUUUGUGAGGCUUAAGCUGCAUUAUUUUGGUUCAAUGAUUGAGACUUCAUUUAUCAUAUUAGGCUUUACA